AUGUCUUUAGUUGUUCUGGAACAAGGUUCAUUCCAACACAUUUUGCGUUUGUUGAACACCAACAUUGAUGGUAGAAUCAAGAUUAUGUACGCCUUGACCAAGAUUAGAGGUGUCGGUAGAAGAUACGCUAACUUGGUCUGUAAGAAGGCUGAUGUCGAUUUAGCUAAGAGAGCUGGUGAAUUGACUCAAGAAGAAUUGGAAAGAGUUGUCACUAUUAUGCAAAACCCAACCAACUACAAGAUCCCAGCUUGGUUCUUGAACAGACAAAAGGACCACGUUGACGGUAAGGACUACCACGUUUUAGCCAACAACUUGGAAUCCAAGUUGAGAGAUGACUUGGAAAGAUUGAAGAAGAUCAAGUCCCACAGAGGUUUCAGACACUUCUUGGGUUUGAAGGUCAGAGGUCAACACACCAAGACCACUUCUCGUGGUCGUUAA